AUGUCCGCCAGCUCGCAGUCCGCCAAAAGCAAAAAGGACGAGUCAUUUCUGGGCAGACUAGGGGGCACGUUGGUUCGGAGGAAAAAAGCUAAAGAAGUGAGUGACCUCCACGAGGAAGGCAAGAAUGCCAUCAACGCGCCGAUGCUCCCCUCCGGGACGGACGUCCAUCCAGAGGACACGCUGCUGGAGGAGAAUGCCGAAAGAAUUAUGCUAGACCCGACGUCGAGGGAGAACCCCAAAUUUAAAGAUCUUCUGAAGGUCCUCAUUGACUGGAUCAAUAGUGAGCUGGAGGAAGACAGGAUUAUUGUGAAAGACUUGGAGGAAGACUGCUAUGACGGACAAGUGUUGCAGAAGCUGUUUGAAAAGUUGUCGGGUCGCAAGCUGAACGUGGCAGAGGUGACCCAGUCGGAGAUCGGACAGAAGCAGAAGCUCCAGACAGUUCUGGAGGCCGUAAACGAGCUGUUACGUCCUCACGGCUGGUCCAUUGAGUGGAGUGUUGACUCCAUCCACUCCAAAAACCUGGUGGCCAUCGUGUACCUUCUCGUGUCUUUGGCCAUGCACUUCCAGGCAGCCAUUAGGCUGCCUGAGCACGUAUCGGUCAAAGUGGUGGUGGUCAAGAAGCGAGAGGGUAUGCUGCAGACUGCCCUUGUCAACAAGGAGUUGACUAGCACCACAGAGAUGAUGAUGGGAAGGUUUGAAAGAGAUGCUUUUGACACACUUUUGGAUCAUGCGCCGGACAAACUCAAUGUGGUCAAAACGUCUCUCAUUACCUUUGUAAACAAGCACUUGAACAAGUUGAAUCUGGAAGUCACUGAGCUGGAAUCUCAGUUUGCAGAUGGAGUUUACCUGAUCCUCUUGAUGGGGCUGUUGGAGGACUACUUCGUGCCUCUGUACAACUUUUUCCUCACCCCUGAGAACUUUGACCAAAAGGUCCAUAAUGUGGCAUUUGCCUUUGAGCUCAUGCAGGAUGGCGGCCUGAAAAAGCCUAAAGCAAGACCAGAAGAUGUGGUCAACCUGAACCUCAAGUCCACCCUUAGAGUCCUUUACAACCUGUUCACCAAUUACAAGAACUCUGAGUGA